CGAGGGGAGCGUGACAUGCGCGUGCGCACGCACCAUGGCGUUGAAAGGCUGAAUGUGACAGGUAGGCUAGCUAAAAACACCCCGGACUGACGCAUCUGCCGCCAGCUACGGCGCGGAACCAACAAAGAUGGGGUCCAGAAUCAGAGAGAAUCCUGAGUCCACCUUUGAGGUUUACCUGGAGGUAGCCCAGCCAGGCAAGCAUAGCUCUGGGCCAGAGGUACAGAGACAGUUCCCAGAGGACUACACAGAACAGGAAACUCUUCAGACUGUGCCAAAGUUUUGCUUCCCCUUCAGCGUGGACAGCCUCACCGUCAACCAGGUUGGGCAGAACUUCACGUUUGUAUUGACUGACAUUGAGAGCAAACAGAGAUUUGGGUUCUGUCGCCUGUCUUCAGGCGCACACACCUGCUACUGCAUUCUCAGCUACUUGCCCUGGUUUGAAGUCUUCUACAAACUUCUAAAUAUCAUUGCAGAUUACACUAUCAAAGGCCAGGAGAGUGAGUGGCAUGAGCUGCUGGUGUCCCUCCACACGCUGCCCAUACCUGAGCCUGGAGUGCCCGUUCAUAUUGGAGUGCAUUCCUUCUUCACUGUGCCUGACACAAGCGAACUCCCCAGUAUUCCCGAGAAUAGAAACCUAACAGAGUACUUUGUAGCAGUAGAUGUCAAUAACAUGCUUCACCUGUAUGCUAGUAUGCUUUAUGAACGUCGAGUCCUCAUCUGCUGUAGCAAACUAAGCACUUUAACAGCCUGUGUUCAUGGAUCUGCAGCCAUGUUAUAUCCAAUGCACUGGCAACACGUCUACAUUCCUGUCCUCCCUCAGCAUCUGCUGGACUACUGCUGUGCUCCGAUGCCCUACCUUAUCGGAGUUCAUUCCAGCCUCAUGGAGAAGGUUCGGGGGAUGGCCCUGGAUGAUGUGGUGGUGCUCAACGUGGACACAAACACGUUGGAAACACCCUUUGAUGACCUCCAGAGCCUGCCUAACGACGUGGUUUCACAGUUGAAAAGCCGUUUGAAGAAGGUCUCGGCAACGACGGGGGACGGGGUGGCCCGAGCCUUCCUCAAGAGUCAGGCAGCUCUGUUUGGCAGCUACAGGAGUGCCCUGCAGAUUGAGCCGGGAGAACCAAUAACAUUCAACGAAGAAACCUUUAUGAACCAUCGCUCAAGUGCCAUGAGACAUUUCCUCCAGAAUGCCAUUCAGCUGCAGCUCUUCAAGCAGUUCAUCGAUGGCCGACUGGACCUGCUGAACUCAGGAGAGGGCUUUAACGACAUCUUUGAGGAGGAGAUCAGCAUGGGGGAAUAUGCAGGCAGUGACAAGACCUACCACCAGUGGCUGUUCACUGUGAAGAAAGGGGGCGGAGCUAUCUUCCAAACUGUGAAGACAAAGGCAAACCCAGCUAUGAGGACCGUUUACAAGUUUGCAAAGGACCACGCCAAGAUGCGCAUCAAAGAAGUGAAAAGCCGGCUUAAACAGAGGGAGCAGGCGGAGAACGGCUUCUCCACCCCCGGCAUCGACGAGGACAGCGUGGCUGGAUUUGCCUCCGGGGGGGCGCUCAGACCCCUGGAGGACCACAGGCCCAUCACUAUGCACUUUGGGCAGGCCGGCCUCCACCAGGGGGGGGGGGGGGGGGGGGGGGGGAGUUUACCUGUCAGGGGAGCUGCCCGGCCUCCGAUCCUACUAAAGAGGCCGAGCAGCAACAUGAGUCUGGAGAGCAGCUCUGACCACUCUAUCCGUCCUACUCGCCACUACACAAUCUUUCUGUCUGAGGAUUCGUCCGGGGACGAGCUCCAGUAUGGCGACGACUCCAUGUCUGGCUUUCCUGACAGCUUUCUCUUCGCUGUCCCCUUUGAUUGGUCGCCUCUGCCGCAGCCCUACCGCUCCCUGAAGGAGGCGGAGCUGAUGGAGGCGGAGGACGCCGGUCUGGGGGCGGAGAGCCACACCGCCCCCCCCAGUCCAGUCACCGAAAAGUUCUCCAACAUCAACCUCCUGGGGGACAUUUUCGGCUGCCAGGACGAGCCCGACAGCCAGCCCCUCGCCCUGGCCAAAAGCCUGGAGGACCUCCGGACCCCCAAAGACCCCGACGAGCUCCAGGCCAAGUUCACCUACCAGCGGAUGGACCUGAGCGUGAGCGAGAACACGCGGACGCUUCCGGGCCUCAAGCUGUCCCACCCCUACAACAAGCUGUGGGGGGGCGAGAGACCCCCGGCCGUCCCGGCCCCUCUGCGGACAGAGGCCCCCCCCCCCUCCCCGGGCGGGGACAGCUCCUCCCCAGGAAACAUCACCAUCCCCCGCCCCCUGGGGAGGAAGACCCCGGAGCCCGGGGCCGGCCUGGUGCCCCCGGUGGCCCAGGCCCCCCCCAAAGCGGGGGGGUUGUGUGGGGGCAGGACUACUCCUGGGGGGCAGGAGUUCCGGCAGGCUCUGAGCAUGAGCAGUGAGGAGGACCUGCUGAGGGACAGCCCGGACCUGCUCAGCCUGCUGGACCCCCUCAGCGGCCCCGCCCAGGGCCCCGGGGCCAGACCCACGCUGCCCCCCCGGCCCCACCCCCAGGGCCCGCCCGCCUUCGGCCUGCCCCCCCACAUGUCUCUGAACCCUUUUGCACAGCCCCCCCAGCUCUACUCUGUGGGGGGGAACCCCUUUGGCUCGAGGCCGGCUCAGGCCCGGGGGGACGGCCCCCAGAACCAGGACCCCUUUGGGGACCUGCUGAGCAUGGCCACGCCCGUUCCACCACAGAAGAAGAAGGUGGAGGACCUUCGGAGGAAGUGGGAAACGUUUGACUAA